AACCGGGGAAGGCGGCCGCCCUGUUUUGGCAGCUUCCCUUCGGCUCCCCACAGCAGCCGCCUCUCCCUCCUCCUGCUCCGGCCUCGCGCGCCCUGGCUCCCGCGCGCCAUUGAGGCCUCGCUCUCCCCUCCGCGGGGCCCGGCGCCUCUCUCCCCCGGCGGCCGCUACGGGGCGUGCUCGGCGGCCAGGGAGCAUGCUCAGAGGACGGGCGCCGGCGGGCUGGGGAGGCCGGCCGCGGAAGGAAGCGGCGCCCGUAGCCCGCCGGUAAACAACCUCCUCCUCCGGCGGCGGCGCUGCUGCUGCUCCCGGGCUCCUUCAUGGAGCGAAGGGGCAGCUCCAAGGGCGACCUGCACCCCCGCGGCUCCAGGGGGCCCGUGCUGCACAUCGCGGUGGUCGGCUUCCACCACAAGAAGGGCUGCCAGGUGAGGAGGGCUCUCCUUCUUCUCCUCCUCUUCCCUCUCCUUCCCUUAAGCCUCGUCACCCCCCUUUCACGCGUCAGAAGCCUAGACUUGGAAGGGGAUCCCAAGAGUCAUCUAUUAUUAUUUUUUUAAAUAAUAUUUAUUAAAAUUUCACAAGGAAAAAAGAAAAUCACAUUAAUAAAGAAAAAAUUAACAAUAAAAAGAAAAAAUACAAGGUAAAAAACAAAAAAAAACAAUUAGAGACAAUUUCAUCUUUUCCUCAGUUCUUUUGCAUUUACUUGUUUCUCGGACCUCCUCUUACCUCCCUCUUUUGUAUUCUAAUUAGAUAUGUUAGUCCAACAGUUCCUUUCCCUCCUUUUUAAUCCUAAUCUUUAAUCUUGAUAUAAUAUAGCUUUAAAUUUUAGAUUUUACAUAUUAAAACCAAUUUUUCCAUAUUCUUUUAGCCUGUACAGCUAGAAAAUCCUUAACUUCAAUCCAACAUCAUUCUAACAUUCAUUAAUUUUGCAGUAUUUCUGUAAAUAGUCUUUGAAUUUCUUCCAAUCUUCUUCCACCGACUCUUCUCCCUGGUCACGGAUUCUGCCAGUCAUUUCCGCCAAUUCCAUGUAUUCCAUCAUUUUCAUCUGCCAUUCCUCCAGUGUGGGUAGAUCUUGUGUCUUCCAAUACUUUGCAAUGAGUAUUCUUGCUGCUGUUGUAGCAUACAUAAAGAAAAUUCUAUCCUUUUUUAACACCGAUUGGCCGACUAUGCCCAGGAGAAAGGCCUCUGGUUUCUUCAGAUCCCAAGAGUCAUCUAGACCGACCCCUUGCAGUGCACAGAUCCUGCCCACAGCCGCCCUGCUGCGUGGGCUCCAACCACCAACCUUCUGGUUAUAUCAGCCAGAAGGAGAACAAUUAUGGAGGUGCCUUUUCGCCUUGGGCAAAGCGAGUUUUUUUUGUUUUUUGUUAAAACCGCUCGGUUAAUUUAUUUAUAUUGUGAAUAAUUUGCACACCGCUUGAUGGUUCCCCCACCCCACAAAAAAACCCCACACAUAACAACACCUCCAACGCAAAAACCCUCAAAGAGGAGGGUUUCUGUUGUUUGCCCAGGCUGGUCCUGUUUACACCUGCUUGCAUGUAACACAGCCUCAAAAGGGAAAUGUGCAUUACAGCAGCAUCCUUGAUUUGAUUCUACUUUGCAUUUUUACGCUGCGAAGCGCCCUGAGAUCAUCGGAUGAAGGGCGGUAUGCAAAUUGAACAAAUAAUAAAAGAAAGAAAUAAUAAUAAUAAUAAUAAUAACCAUCCUGCAAUACUUUGAUUACAGGGAACGAAACAGUAGAGCGAUCAGCUCCAACCUUUCAGCUCCUUGUUGGCUGUGGAGUGCAGAUUUUAGUUUACUUGUUUGAGGAAGGAUAGAUACCAUCAAUCUGUGACAGAGCAUGAGACUCUUCAUCUCAGGGUUGCGGGUUCAGUCCCACACUGGGCGAAAGAUUCUUGCAUUGCAGGGAGUUGGAUUAGAUGGGCUUCAAGGUCCUUUCCAAUUUUACAAUUCUAUCAUUCUGUGAAAUAAUCCUAAACAUACUUACUAGCUAUAGGACUCGCCAUGCAGUCCUGUGCAUGGAGGUAAGUAAAAUGAGGUCUGGGCUCACCUCUGUGGCAUUAGACACAUAUGCCGGCAGAAUUAUCUUUGUACUUGCUUGUGGAAGGCAUUAAAUAAGGGAAUGGGGCAGUGAAAGGGACUUUAAUGGGUUGCCAUCUGAAAUGAAUGCUCUUGAAAGCAUGCUCCUGUCACAGAGCCCUCUCUGCUGCUGAAGUUAGACAAGAUAAGCUUUGACCAGGGUGGAUUUGAUAUAAAUGAUACCGAUUUAAAUCAUGAUUUAAAUCACUAGUCAAUAAGACUUGAUUUAAAUCAUUUUUUUACAGAAAGACUCAUUCUUUCUGGUAUAAUCUUAAUAUUUACGACCAGAUGAAGGUUUCAUUUUUGGAAUAAUAAAUUUUUAGAGUAGUUUUUACAGUUAUAUCAAAAAUUUCUGAUUUGGUUAUACUAUUAGAAGUACAUAGACAGAUAAUUAUGAAAUUAUUGUGAGGUUUAAUAAGUUAACUGUUUAUAGUUGGACAACUUUUCUGCUGUACUUUAUUGGAAGGAGAAAAAUAAUAUUUAACUAAAACAGUAACAUUAUAGCAUAUAUAUCCAUGUUUGUUAACUGAUGUGGUUAAACAGUUUUGGGUUUUUUAAAAGAAACUUAGACUGAGUUUUAGCACACAUGAAAAACUUAAAACAAUACUUUUUUUGUACCUAAAAGUGGCCAUAAAACCUGAGUAGCAAGUGAAAGAGUGUGAUACUAGUUCAGCAUGGCAUCAGGUGAAGAGUUACUACAGAGGCUUCUUCUUUUCAGUCAUAGAAUAUUUUAUUGUCCCCCCGCCUCCAUUGGUUAACUUGCAAUAUUUAACCAGCUAAUAAAAAAGUACAUUUCUUGAGCUGCAAUACAUUUGUGACAUACUGUGAGACUCAGGUAUGGCCUUUUAUGAUGAAGCACAUUUCUAUGGCUAAGAUCCUAUACCUUGGAAAUAAGUGCUUUGAAUUCAAGAGAGUUACUUCAAGGUAGACAUGUAUAGAACUUAAGUGUAAUAAAUAUGUAUAUGUAUGAUUUAAGGCUGUUUCUUUUCCAUGCUUUAUGAAUAGACUGUCAUUUUUUGUUUGACCUUGUUUAAAUAAUAUAUUGUGCUUUGUGGGUGAGGCUGUGAUUACUUUGUCUGGCAUCAACGGAACUUAGUUUGUAAAGAAGGAAUGACUCGAUUUGUAGUUAAUAUGCCCCACUUAUACACGGGAACAUUUACUCACUUAGAAGAAAGAUUUUCUCAGGUUUCAGACUCCAAAGGUUGUAUGUUUAGCAGAAGGUGCCAAAUUUCAGGUAGAUCAGAAGAGAAGUAGCAGAACAAGUUGUGAGUAUUAUCAGGUAAAGGUAUCUGGCAACUUAGCUGUUUUAAAUGCAAAAUAAUGAUUAUGAAUGGACAAAGACAGAAAAUGGAUUGUGAAAAACAUGCUGCUAAACUUCAUAGUCCUGAGCACAUUGACUAGGGAGUAAAAUUCACUACUGAACUCAGUGGGAGUUGUUUAUGGGUAAACUUGCCUGGGAUUUGGUCACAGGCUGGCUGAUUCUUUGUGUGUGUGUAUUAAUUCAAUUGCUACAUUCCUUUUGUGUAUUCUUAUGUUAAGUUCACUCAGACUUGUGUAACAUUCUUCCUGGUGGGCACUUAAUUGACUGACGAAAGUUGGCACAGUUUGAUCAUGUUUUAUAGACAUUUCUUGGGAAACGAGUUUUCUCCCACCUGCUUCAACAGUAAGAGUUGUUCAGCCAUGGAAUAGACUCCCUUGGACUCUCCUUCCUUGGAGGUGUUUAAGCAGAGGUUGGACGGCCAUCUGUCAUGUAUGCUUUGAAUUGAGAUUCCUGCAUGGCAGUGGGUCGAUCUAGGUCAGAUGUUCAUCAGGAUCCCUUCCAGCUAUACAAUACAAUGAUUCUGUUCUGGGAACACUGUUUCUUACUCAGUGGAGACCCCUGUACUGUGUCUAAGAAGGCAGUUCUCAGAAACUGACCCCAGCACCUAACUGUUUGAUGCAGCCAGCCAAGCAAUGGUUGCCUUUCAGAUUUGUUUGUUGUUGUUGUUUAGUUGUUUAGUCGUGUCCGACUCUUUGUGACCCCAUGGACCAGAGCACGCCAGGCACUCCUGUCUUCUACUGCCUCCCGCAGUUUGGUCAAACUCAUGCUGGUAGCUUCGAGAACACUGUCCAGCCAUCUCGUCCUCUGUCAUCCCCUUCUCCUUGUGCCCUCCAUCUUUCCCAACAACAGGGUCUUUUCCAGGGAGUCUUCUCUUCUCAUGAGGUAGCCAAAGUAUUGGAGCCUCAGCUUCAGGAUCUGUCCUUCCAGUGAGUACUCAUGGCUGAUUUCCUUCAGAAUGGAGAGGUUUGAUCUUCUUGCAGUCCAUGGGACUCUCAAGAGUCUCCUCCAGCACCAUAAUUCAAAAGCAUUAAUUCUUUGGUGAUCAGCCUUCUUGGUACUAAUUAUUAAAUUCUGCUGCCUUUUCCCGCCCAUCACACAGAUUGUUACUUUCCAGGCAGUUAUUGUCUCUCAAAGCAGCACACAGAAUAGAAGGAGAAAAGGAGACAGGCCUUUCCUUUAGGCUUACAAACUAAAAAAAGACAAGGCCCAUAAGAAAAAGGGAGUACAGUGGUACCUCGCAAGACGAAUGCCUCGCAAGACGGAAAACUCGCAAAACGAAAGGGUUUUUGGUUUUUUGAGUUGCUUUGCAAGACGAUUUUCCCUAUGGGCUUGCUUCGCAAGACGGAAACGUCGUGCAAGUUUGUUUCCAUUUCUUAAAACCGUUAAUACAGUUGCGACUUGACUUGAGGAGCAACUCAUAUGCACUGUGGUGUGGUAGCCUUUUUGAGGUUUUUGAAGACUUUGGUGAUUUUUGAAGCUUUUCCAAAACUUUUCCGACACCGUGCUUCGCAAGACGAAAAAAACCGCAAGACGAAAAAACUCGCGGAACGAAUUAAUUUCGUCUUGCGAGGCACCACUGUAGAGAGAAAAAGGGCAGAAGAGAGAUCGGUUCAUCAAGACCAAAAGAAGGCAGUGAUCUACAUAUAACAGAGCAUAUAUAUCCAGUUUGGGCAAGCUGAUUGUCCCUUAGUGCUGGUAUUGCUUGAAUAGUGAUGGGCUCUUGUUCCUUUGACUGGUGGAUGGGGCCAGAGAGUCCUUUCCCCCCACGUAUCUGCACUCCCAGGAUAACAGACAGCUGCAGCUAAGUGGUCUUUCAGGCAUGAAAGAGAAGAAAAGUGAUCUUCCUGCUAGUGUUCCUUCUGUGCUGAUGGGUGGCGCAAGUUGGUGUCCUUCUUGCCUUUAUGCUAUUCCUGAGAGGCAUUGGGUAGGGGAGCUUUCCGUGGCCCUAGCGCCCCUAGCUGAUGGCAGAAGUUAGAGUGCACUUCCUUUCUUCAGUCCUGUUCCAAUACUUUUUCUAGGAAGGCAGUUGAGCCAGAAACUGACAACAGUACCUGACGGUUUGGCAUGAUAAGUCACAUGAUGGCUGCUUUUCAGAGGGACCAUUUGUUACUGAUUAAAUUAUACUGCCCUUUCCCAUCCAAUACAUAGGUUAUUACCUUUUUGAUAGCUUUCCCUUCCUGAGUCCUGGAUAGCUCAGUUGGUUAGAGUGUGGUGCUGAUGAUGCCAAGUUUGCAGGUUCAAUCCUUGUAUGGGGCAGCUGCAUAUUAUUGCAUUCCAAGGGGUUGGACUAGAUGAUCCUCAGGGUCCCUUCCAGCUCUACAGUUCUAUGAUUCCAAAGAACUAUAUGCCACCAAUGGUGCUUUAUGUUUAUAUUUCCCAAAUAGCAGCCCUUCUGCCACAGGACAAAUAAUUCUUUGAAACUGAAAGGAAUAUCAAAUGCUGUUUGUUAUACACACUAUUUUUCAAAAAGCGAGAAAUCCCACAGGGUAUACUUGGCUGUGUCUAAAGUAGCCUUUUAACUCACGGGUAAUUGAACUAUCAUUAGCUGUCUUGCUUCCUCACACUUAUAAGACCAAUUAUAUUUCUGCUCUGUAACUGGUUUGUGGCAACUAUUUUCCCAGAUGUGGUAGGAACUUGGAGGUUACUAUAAUAUGUUUGCCAUAAUUCUUAACACACAUUGUUUAAUGUUUUCACUUUUCUUUUCUGCUCCAUCACACAAUUUCCCUAAAGAUGAAAAGGUUACUUGUUUUAUAAGCAAUUCUGGACAACAUUCCUUGAGAACAAAAAUAUACAAUAUAUUGUUUGUCAAAGCUCCAGUUUGAACUCAUGUUCAGCUACAAGCUUGAUUCUGCAAUUGGUUGAGCACCUUUUUGGCCUGUGGGUGCCUUGUCAUUUGUGAUAAUUAACCUUAGCUAGAGCUAGCAUUGCAUAAGGCACCAAAUUCAUUAUAAGAAGGAGGAUAAAUUGAAACUGUACUGCAGAGCUGGUGAGCAGGGUUUAUGAAAUUAUAAUCUUUCUUCCUCAUCGUUUCAAAUAUAAGCUUAAUGUGUAAAUAAGCCAUAAUAGACUUCACUUUUUAAAAAAAAGGUAAAGGACCCCUGACAGUUAAGUCCAGUUGCAGACGAAUCUGGGGUUGUGGUGAUCAUCUUGCUUUACAGACCAAGGGAGCCGGCGUUUGUCCGCAGACAGUUUUUCCGGGUCAUGUGGCCAGCAUGACUAAGCCGCUUCUGGCGCAACGGAACACCGAAACCAGAACAGCCCAUGGAAAUUCCGUUUACCUUCCCGCCGGAGCAGUACCUAUUUAUCUACUUGCACUUUUUGGCGUGCUUUCGAACUGCUAGGUUGGCAGGAGCAGGGACAAGCAACGGGAGCUCACCCCGUCGCGGGGAUUCGAACUGCCGACCUUCUGAUCAGCAAACCAAAGAGGCUCGGUGGUUUAGACCACAGCGCCCGGCGUCCCACUAGACUUCAUUUAACUUCUUGUAAAUCUCAUCUUUUUUCAGGGCAAGGGGGGAGAGUACACCAAGUGGCUUAUGUAAUUCCAAAAUAAAACAAAUUGAUAAGUAAAAAUAAGAAACCUUUUUAAACAGCAGCAGAAGUAUUAAGAAGUCUCUUCUGUGUACCCAUUUGUACAAAGAAAAACCUCAAAAGUUAAGCAAAAAAACUGGGCAUGCUCACAACAAACUGUGCCUUCAGUUUGAUUCAGAAAAAUGGUCAUAUAAUUAGGCUUCAGUCAUUUCUGGGGCAUUCUUGAGUUCUGUAUUCCAUGGGUUACUGUCCCUGCUAUAAAUUAGAAAUUUGUUCCUGACACAACAUGGAAUAAAGUUCUUACCCGAUGACUGGCAAAUUGCUCCAAUUAGAGUGAAGUGUCAUAAUUUCUGCUCCGAUGCCUACCUUGUGACACUGAUGUUUCCCAUUUGGAUAACUGCCUUUUGUGAAUAUGCCAUAAGGAAGAAAGAGGUCAUCUGCUUUUGAAAUUGGAUUAGGGAGAUCUGUGGUAGAAUCUUAUAUUAGCUGAAUUUGCAUUCCUUGAUGAGCUUUUUGUAUUGAAGCUAUUAUCAUUGAAUGAUGAUUCUGCAAAGAACUAGGGCUUUUCACCUUGAACCCAUUUAUUUCCCCAAAUUAGAUUUCCUGAAAACAGGGCUGUUCUAUACUUGCAUUACUCUGUGGUUUAAAAAAUAAAAUAUAGUUCUUAAUUGUGUUAUUUUAGUGAAUAAAAAAGUUAUUUUUUGUGUACUGAGGUUCAUUUUUAAAAGAAUGACAAAGCUAUAUCUUUAUGAAAUUUUAGGUGGAAUUUAGAGGCAACAAACAGGAAAGGAUUUUGGGAAGAGCAUAGUCAGCCUACAUCUUGUGGACCUUCUUACACUAGCGGGGUCUGAUGAACAGACAAGAGUUUUUUGCACGCAGAGUCUGGUUCAUUAAUUUCAGUGUCAUGCUAUUUUGUGUGUGUAAGAGCCUGACAGAACUUGGACUUUGACCACACCUUAACAUGGCAAUAAUUCCCUAAAUUGGUCUUACUUAAAAAUAUUAAACUACUUCACCACCUUUUGGAGGAUUUUGCUUUUUUAAAGUGGGGGGGAAGGAGAUGGUCUGUAUUUCAACCCCACUUCUGCUCCUAGGAAUUAAAAUUCACAAUCUAAAAUGUUCCAUUAGUGAGUACGAAGGGCAACACCAUGGGAGGAACCCCCCUUGCUAUUUUGAGAAAUAAACUGCAUUUGCACAAUAUUUGCCAUUUGAUAUAUGCUGUAAUGUGUCUUAAUGAAUUUGAUCUCUUCAGUAAUACCGCUGUUUUGUUUUGUUAUCACUGAAUUUCAUUCUGUGCAUUUUAUAGAUGUUCCCAUGUUCUAGCUUUCAACAAGUUUGAAGUUGUUGUGAGCACUGCAUUAGCUGGCAAUCUCUUGAGAGGGAUAUGUACAAUAAGCAAAGGUUUAUGGAGGAUUGCCAGGUGGUUUGUUUUACAUAUUGAUUCAAAGCACAUUCAUACUUACAAUUUUCCUUAGAGAAGAGAUGCCCAAUGUGGUGGUAUCCAUUAUCCCCCAUCAUCCCUAAUGUCUUACACUUUCACGCUUGUUUGUUUUUCACGUUGACUGGAUUGAUGGGAACAAUGAUUUGUUUUAGGGAAAAGAAGCACAAAGGGGUUGCUUACCCAUUUUUCACUUAGAUAUCAGGUUACUGGCUGCUGGGUUUGGUGGGUCAGUCUUCUCUUCCCAUGUAGCAAUUCACUGAACAUAACAUGCCUGUUUGCAGGUUGAGUUCUCCUACCCUCCCCUAAUCCCAGGAGAAGGCCACGACAAUCACAGUUUGCCAGAGGAAUGGAAAUACUUGCCUUUCCUAGCAUUGCCGGAUGGGGCUCACAACUAUCAAGAAGGUAAGGAGUCAUUUGGGAUGGUUCUGCCCAAUGUUGUGUUACAUGAACAAGCACAGAACUGGGCACUGUCUGGAGUUUUCAGCACCCUGAAAACCUCAGCAUUUUUAUUUUAUUUUAUAGAAACCAGGUUUCUAGCCCCUGCGGCUGCAAAGGUAAGGCGCAAAAUAUUCCGCCGAGAAGAAAUUAGGCAAGGCAACAGACAUACGCAAAUUUGGUACAUAGACUAGUGGGCACACACUAACUAGUUAAUGUUUACCUGCUUCUUACUGCACCAAGUGAAACAUUCCUAGAUGUCGCAGCCCCAAAUGCAAAGGCAAAACACAGCUGCAGGCCAAUCUGUUCCUAUGGCAACAAGGCAUUAGUGCAUAGUUUUGGUAAAAGCAAAAGUAAUGGUUACAAAGCUAUCAUAGCAACAAAGCAAUCAGACCUGUUCAGUUGAAAGCAUUCCCCUGGGUAUCUCUGCUCUGGCUGUAAAGUGUAAGACAGCUGUUCUUAGAGCAAGUGCUUUCUUCUUGUAAGGCUGCCAUUCAAGCUUGAUGUUCUUUGCCGAUUAAUACUGACAAUUUAAAACAAAAAAUCCAGUUGAUCACAAGAAGCUUAAUUUUAUAUCUGUAGAACCUUGGUCAGCAGCCCUUUUUCUUCAUUUGAAGUGGGAGUGAGAGAUGAUGGACAGGAGCCCCACCCUGGCCAGCUCUUAAAGUAGCUGACAAGUUAUUAGCAAACUUUUCUCUAUACUUUUUUGUCUCGGAUUUGGCAGGAAGUAUGCUUUAAGGUGCCAGAUCUGGCUUAUCCUGAUGCACUUCUGACAAUAAAGGCUCUAACACUAAUUAGCUAAGUUUGCUGAAGGUGGGGCUUGGAAUGUUCACUUAAACAGGAAACUUAAAUUGUUUGCUGUCCAUCUUCUGCGAGGAAAGCAAAUGUCAGUUUGGCUGGGAUUAAAACCUGACAUAAAGUGGAUUGGGAAAUCCUGGGAGAGAGUGAAGGCAAAGUGACUGAAAGAAGGGUGCAUGGGUCCAAGCAGUUUUCUGUUUGCCCUGCCACUUUCCCCAGGAAAACCUGCUCUUUACUGCUGAAUCGGAGCACGCAUAAGUCUGCGAAAACUCUAUUGACAUUUCCUCCGAUUCAGUGCUGAAGAGCAGGUAUUCCUGGGGGAAAGUGGAAGUGUGGAUGAGCCCUUAGAAAGAGAAACCCUGGGGAGAAGAUUAGAGGCAGUGUAGAAUGACAAGAAACAGCUGAUGAAGCUCUCCUAUGGGACAGGACUGGGGAGAUUGGCUGGUCAACAAACAGAGUGAUUUAAGAAAGUUCAGUAAGCAGCAUAAUGAAAAGCCGGAAGCCAAGGAAACCAUGGGUGGUGGAGGUGUGAAGUUGAGGAAUGGCCAAAAAAGGUAGGCCUCAGGCAAAACUUCAGUUAGGGCCUAGAAACCGGAGUAGUUCUCCUUACAGGCCAGAAGGAAAUAAACCAAGAAAGGAGAGAGACAAAGAGACUCAUUGACAGAAUUUGGAUCACAGGCUGACAGAAAAGCCGCUGGUUUUGGUUUCUGCUGUCAUUGCAGCAUUGUGACCCGGUGAUUCUGAGAGGGUGUCAAGAGUUAAGGAAUGGUGGUGGUGCCAAGUUUCACCUGCGGAUUUCAACUAACCAGCCAGUUCUUGGCAGCAGGUUUAUAGUUCCCUGGAAUGGGAUAGGGAGCAGCAGCUGCAAGAUACAGUUCCUUAUCGCUGCUGACUGAGGUGCACUCCUGGCUGUUACAAAAAGAUCCAUUGGUGGAUGAGCAAAAUUAAUUUCCCCCAGGGCAGUAAAAUAGCUUGAGUAGGCUCUGCAUGGUAAUAUAAAAUACUCAUGUAGACCCAUGUUCUACCCAUUAUUCCACAUCAUAAUGUUUUAGUUUUUCCUGGACAUGUUAGGCUAGCUACCAAAUUGGCUCUCAGGGUGAUACUGAGCAGGAUAACGCUGUAGAAACUUCAUACCUCUAUGUGAUACCUUUAGUGAAUGGUAAGACCAUUUCGUUCCUCUUUCAGACACUGUGUUUUUUCACUUGCCACCAAGAAGCGGAGAUCGAAGUACAGUCUAUGGUGUCUCAUGCUACAGGCAGAUUGAAGCUAAGGUAAUUAUAUUGCUAUUGUGUGAACAUUAAAAGAAAAAAGGUCUUGUGCAGGAACUUAGGUAGCUUCUCCAGUUUGGCAUCCUCCAAAUUUGACCAUUUGUACAACGUACUGGUGCAGAUAUUGGUAUAAUGUGAACAUUAAGUCUUUGAGGCCCUUGAUGCAGGGUAAUAUUUUUCCUGAAUCUUUUUAUGACAGAGCCUCUAUCAUAUGUUUGAGCUUUUUUCAGUUCUUGUGAAUUGUUGGAUUUAGCAUUUGGCAAUUGAGGAACUUUUCGUAGUGGCCUUUGUUUCAAACAAAAUGUAGUUAAUAUAAGCCACAGUUUGUUUGUUUGUUUGUUUGUUUGUUUGUUUGUUUGUUUGUUUGUGUGAAAUGAUAAACCAUGGUUAAGCAAAAUGAAAGACUCUGAAUUCCUUCCUGUCACAUGGGAGAAGAAGGGGGAUGAAUGCAUGAGCCUAAGGCUCUCCUGAGCUAUGGUUUAGCAUGAUGUGCAAAUAUGAACAUGGAAACAUUAGCUAAGAAUCCAGCUGCAGAUUUUCUGGCCUGUAUUGAUACCAUGAAUGCAACUGCAGGAGUAAUGUUCAUUGUUUACACGGUGACUUCUCUUGAUAUCAAAUGUUACAUGGGUAGUGAUGUGAGGUGAGAAUAUUCUCCAGAGAAUAUUCUCCACAAACUGUAAAUUCUAAUGUAAAAACCAGUUUUACAACCCACAUUAAAAAAAUCUAGUAAAUAAUAAGUCAAGCUGUGAUAUUGCCAGUGUAAGUAAUGAAUAAUGAUUUUUUUGAUCCAGUUACAUUACUGGGCAUUGUGUCAUUCACCAUUGGCAGUUCUGAAAUGCAGUUAGUUAGUUAGUUAGUUAGUUAGUUAGUUAGUUAGUUUUAAAAGCGCUAUUCAUUUAAUUUGAUGAACAUUUGAAUUCAUAUGUAUUUCAACUAUAUGUAAUAGCGCUUUUUUUCUAUUUUGGUGUGACCUUAUUCUUAGCAAUUGGCCAUACAGUGUGCUUUUUUUACAGAAAGUGGCCUGAAUGCUUUAUACACUUAAAAUACCUAGGCCUAGCAAAGAAUGUGAAUUCACUGCAUUGCCCCAUUGAAUAAAAGUAUCUGUACCGUUUUUGGUUGCCAUCUGAGCAAGUUUACCCAUGAAUAAAUUUUCAAAUGCAUUAAAAUGAUAUCUUUUUCAGUGCAUUAAAAUGAAUAUUCUCCUAUUUUAAAUGAAAAUUCUCUAAUACUCUCAUUAAUUGAGAACAGUCUCGAGAAUAUUCUCCAAAAGAUUAUUCUCGAGAAUUUAACAUCCCUAUACGUUGGAACAUAUUUUUUUACUUUCUGUCCAGUUUAGUAUACAUUUAGCUAUCAAAUAGCACUUAAUCUGCAACAAAAUAUCCAAUAGCCUGGGAUUCAUAAUCACAUGUGUUUUAACCUCUUGCUCCUUUACUGAAUGACUAACUCCUCUAUUUACAUAAACCCAGAGAAGCUGAUAGAGAUUAUUUUGUUGAUUCAUGUUUAAAUUAGCAGUUGGAUGAAGCAGGUGGAAGUUGGCCGUGAGCAUUAACUAUUAAUUUUCCAGGAGUUUUAUGUUUAGAAAUAGAGUCGUAAAUAUAUGUCUUCCUUUUGUGGGAGAAACUGAUCUGAUCUUAACCUAAGAGAUGUAACUCGGGUGGUAUGACUAUGAAGGUUUUGAUAUGUUUGGUAAAGGCAGACCAUUUUUCCUUUCUAUGAAAUGAUAGUUUUAAAAUCAUGAGUUCCUAAAUUAUUCAUUUAUAUUCUAAUAUUGUUGCCCUGUCAUACUCCAGCAGCAUUUAUAGUCUGUUAAACCUCUGCAGCAAUUUCAUAACUCUAACUGGAUAUCACAGGAUAUUACAAUAAAAGAUUUAUGGCAAUGGAACUACUGUUUUAUUUCACUGUGACUGUUAUAAUUUUACUGGUCUUGUCUUCACUUACUACUAUUUUUGCAUUUAAAAAAUAGAUCUUACAUUACAUACCUGUCCAUCUACACUCCCUUGCUUUUUUGUGCAAUUUGGGACGCGGGUGGCGCUGUGGGUUAAACCACAGAGCCUAGGACAUGCCAAUCAGAAGGUCGGUGGUUCGAAUCCCCAUGACGGGAUGAUCUCCUGUUGCUCGGUCCCUACUCCUGCCAACCUAGCAGUUCGAAAGCACGUCAAAGUGCAAGUAGAUAAAUAGGUACCGCUCCGGCGGGAAGGUAAACGGCGUUUCCGUGCGCUGCUCUGGUUCGCCAGAAGCGGCUUAGUCAUGCUGGCCACAUGACCCAGAAGCUGUACACCGGCUCCCUUGGCCAAUAAAGCGAGAUGAGCGCCGCAACCCCAGAGUCAGCCACGACUGGACCUAACGGUCUGGGGUCCCUUUACCUUUACCUUUAUAUGGUGGUACUAUGUAAUUUUGGCUAAGAAAGCAACUGACUUUGUGACUCAGUUCACACAUGAUGCAAAACCAUGGUUUAGUGUUACAAGGAUGAGCCUGUGUGAGUGUUAGGUUCACAGUCCCAUGCAUGCUUUCCUGAAAGUAAGCUCCACUGACCUUGAGUGGGUAGAUCUAUGCAUAGAAUUGCUUGCCCUGUAAGGAUAAUAUCUGCUUCAACAUUCCUCUUACACAGGAAAAGUGCCAUAUUUUUCAGAACUAAUGUAUGUCUUCACAUGUAAACUUGUGGAAGCUUCAUAAAUACAUUCAAGCUGAUAUGAUUACUGGGGGUGCCAAAAAUGUCGACAAUGUAUAGAAAAGGGAUGGAUCUCCUCUUCUAUUAUUGUAUUCAAAGCAAAUCUUUUCACUUGGCUUUUCCUUAUUGACCCCUUCUUCUUACCUUCCUUCUCCUUUCUCCAUAACGUGCCCAGUGCUUUAUUAGACAACAUGCCUACAGGCAGAGCCUGUCCUAUUUUUUAUGUUGUAGAGUGCUCAGUUGUUUUUAUGAAUGCUGCGACUAAAUGAGUAUUUGUUCCUUAAAAGUGGAUGUGUAAAAAUACAGUAAAAGCUUGUUCUCUCUUACUCUUUUUCAAAGGCCUUGAAAGUACGGCAAGCAGAUAUUACCCGAGAAACAGUACAGAAAAGUGUCUGUGUUCUAAGUCAGCUGGUAAGAGAUAGUUACAUGCCUUAAAAAUAGCCUGUUUGGGGAUUUUUCUUUCUUGUUAGGCACACUCCUGUUGAAAUCCAAGACAGAAGCAUUCUUUCAAAACUGUAUUCUAGUAAACAGAAAAAUGCCAUUUGCAAGCUCUUAAAAUGACAGCAUUUCUAAUUUAAUACAUCCCAGAGCAUUUCCCCCCUUUAGCUUUGUACAAAAGUGAAAUAGGACACACAACACUUCUGGUCACACUCUUUAUCAUCGUUCAGAUCUGUGAGAUCCAUCACUGUACAGUUGAGGAACUGAAUCUGGAGCAUGGUUUGCCCAGCUCCCAACCCAAGAUCCAGAAAUUUAGUUAUUGGGCCACGUUAACUCCCACCCAGCAUGCUUUUUCAAGUCACACCUCAUGUAACAACUACCUGAUGUGAAAUACUUUUUGUGAGUGUGUACAUGAUACUCAAAGUUAGAUUCUGGAGUUGAAUUGCAUAAGGAGCAAGAGAGAGAUUCUUCAUGGAGAAGUUGACUCGCGCAAGCAAAGCUUAUUUAUGUUUCUUUAUGUAUAGCAUUUUUAUCCAAUCCUUACUCAGAGGUGCUCAAGGUAGCGGGUGUGGUUCUCCCUGACCUGUUUUACCACAACAGCCCUAUGAGGCAGGUUAGACAGAGGGUUAGUGACGGACCCAGAUUCACUCGGGGAACUGCACAGCUGACUUGAACAUUGGAUUUGAACCUGAGUUUGGUCUAAACCACAGAGCCUAGGGCUUGCCAAUCAGAAGGUCGGCGGUUUGAAUCCCUGUGAUGGGGUGAGCUCCCGUUGCUCGGUCCCAGCUCCUGCCAACCUAGCAGUUCGAAACCACAUCAAAGUGCAAGUAGAUAAAUAGGUACCGCUCCAAGCGGGAAGGUAAACGGCAUUUCCGUUCGCUGCUCUGGUUUGCCAGAAGCGGCUUAGUCAUGCUGGCCACAUGAUCUGGAAAAACUGUCUGUCGACAAACGCCGGCUCCCUCGGCCAGUAAAGUGAGAUGAGCGCCACAACCCCAGAGUCGUCCGCGACUGGACUUAACGGUCAGGGGUCCCUUUACCUUCUCUGGUCCAACACUGCAAUUCUACGCCAGCUCUCAAAUGGAGCAAGGCAGCCCAAUUUUGCUUGUAUUUUACCACACUACUCUGAUCAGAUAGGAACACUAUCACAUUAAUAAACUAUUGCUCAUUUUGACAGCAGGAUGACUGACAUAGUCAAUCGUUACAAAUAAACUGUUACCUAAUGUAUGUGUAAUUUGUCAUCAAUUUGAGAUCAAUAUGUGUAAUUUGCUUUGAAGGGUAGCUGUUUUUGUCCUUGACUGUGUGCCUGCCUUUCUUGGUGUAACAUGAUGAUGUGUUUUCCUUUCAAGCCUCUGUAUGGGCUACUGCAGGCUAAGCUGCAGCUAAUUACACAUGCCUACUUUGAAGAAAAAGACUUCUCUCAAAUUUCAAUACUUAAGGUAAGUUUUCUGUAUAGAAAUGCAAAUUCUUGUGUGAUACUGAUCUGUGAACCAUAGAGGGCCUUCAUUAUUAUCUAGUUGAUUCCUAAACUUUAAUGUCACCCUUCCUUCAUUUCUACCUGCAUAGCUUUCCUUUCCCUUGAAGCAAAUGGGGAAGCCCAUGCAGACUGAGGGAUAGGUGCACUCACUGGAGUCCACAGCCAGGAUAGAAAAGAAGGCCCUUAAGCUUACAUUAUUUGCAUUCAGAAGGUUUCUUUUUCUUGAUUUUCUUGUUUUAUCUCUUUGCAAACCACUUUGAGGGGUGGGUGGGUGCACACGCGUUUAAAUCAAGCGGUAUAUGCUUUCUAUGAAAUAAAGAAAAUAGACCAGGGGAUAUGAAUGUUGUGCUUUCCAGAUGUUGAUGAACUUAAUUCCCAUAAUCCCUGGACACGGACCAUACCAGCUGGAUGGAAGUUGGAGUCCAACAGUAUCUCAAGUGGACUAUGUUAGCUACCACUGGUUAAGACCCAGCCUUGUGGUAUCCUUGGGGUUUUCUUGCUAUCACCCUGAGCUCCACCUGCUGCAAAAAAGGCACACACUUAGAAUCAAAGAAUUCUGACCCUGGGGUUUGUUUGUUUUUGAGGCCCAGAACCUCACAGUCCUUCCCCACCAAAGUCCAUUCCUGGUUACUCCAAGCUUUCUUCAUUUCAGCAAAGAGCCAUUUUUGUUGCUACCUUUGUUUAAUAGUUGUGAGUCAGAAAUGCUUGUUGAUCUACUGAAAAUGACCCAAGGAUUUAUUAGGUAGGACACAGUCUACUUUCUGCCCACCCCUGGUGUAGCCAAUACUGAGCUAGGUAAACGAGUGGGUCUGGCUCAGUUUAAGGCAGUGCCCUAUAUUCCAAGAUCAGCCUUUCUCAACCUUGGGUCCCCAGAUAUUGUUGGACUACAACUAUCAUUCUUAGCCAGCAUGGCCAGUGGGCAGGGUGUAGUUCAAGAACAUCUGGGGAUCCAUAGCUGAGAAAGGCUGUCCUAGAAUGAGCCCAGGGGAGCUAUGUAUUAUUUUUCUCAACCAGUGCUUUUCCCCAUGCCCCAUUGCAAAUGAGAGGAUUUUCAAAUGCCAUUGGUGGUAUAGCACAUUAAAAAGGGUCAAAGAUCCCGUUGGGUUUACAGCCACUCUGGGUUCUACCAAAGGAUCUCUGGAUUCCAGCUGAAGGCUCUGGGAGUCCAUUGGAUCGAUGUCUAUGCAUUUAGUGACUCAUUGAAAAAAAUGCCAAGAAUCUUCUUCGUAGCAUAGUAUUUUGGCAGAUCCAUGCUGUAUGAAGCCUUUUCAUUUAUUUUCUAGUAGAUGCCUUUAGAAAGUGUUUUUAAUGCUUUCAAAAUUUAUGGCUUUUCAGGAACUUUAUGAGCAUAUGAAUAGCUCACUGGGAGGAAGCCCCCUGGAAGGAUCACAAGUUUAUCUUGGUAAGCAAUAUUUACUAAAUAACACAACUGUUCAAUUUUCAUUUCCUAAAGUACUUUAUUGGUACUAAAGUCUAAUGCCAAGUCUGUGCGUGCCUAAAUAAUGUACUAAUUAUUGUGAUUACUUUUCCCAUCAGUCACAGGGCUAGAUAAACCUGUCACUCUUCUCCUUUUACAUAGAAUGCUUGUCAUUUUCACUGCUGUGUGAGGAGAGUUGCUCAGAUGCUUUUUCAAAAUCAUGUUUAUUCAAAAGUAAUGAGUGGAUUAUUAAAGGCCUAUUAAUAGGAGAAGGGCCAGAUAAUGUUCCUUCCUCCUGGCUUUAAUGGGAGAAGGCAGUCAACUAUUAUUGGUAGUUAAAAUCCAAUUUGCAUUUGUGAUCAAUGAACCAUGUAAGCUCCCACAGAUUCUUUGCCCCUAAGUGCUGGGAAAAUAGUACAAAAUCUUUUAAUCCUGCUGCCAGCGGGUUUCUCCACAUUUAUAAGCAGGAAGGGUUGGUGGUUCUUACUAAGGUGUGCUAAUUGUUUUGCUGUCCCUACUUUUAGGCCUGUCUCCACGAGAUCUUGUCCUUCAGUUUAGACACAAGGUACGUUUCUUCCUGAUGUGAAUCCUGAAGGAGGUACAUCUACUUCUGCCAUUGCUUUGCUUUUGACAAACAGUGAAGAUGCAUCUGCUCCAGCAAGAUUUAUUAGGGGAUUCAUUCUCAAAUGUAUUAAGACCGCUCAGUUUGUAAAGGUUACUGUUCUGUGGUUGAUAGUUGGCUUAGUUCGUUUGGGCUGGAUGUGAUACUUAAUAGUGAAGGGUUGUAGCUCAUUGAUAGAAGAACUGCUUUGCAUAAAGAAGGUCCCAGGUCCCCUCCCUAAAAACAUGGAAAGCUGCUGCCAGUCAGUAUUAGGGGGCGCAAUUAGUGCCAGCACCGUCGGUUAAGAGUUUGGGUGUAAUCUUCGACACCUCCCUUUCCAUGGAGGCGCAGAUUGCAGCUAUAACAAAGGCGGCAUUUUUUCAUCUCUGUCAAGCUAAGCAGUUGGCUCCUUACCUCUCUCGCCCUGACCUAGCCACUGUGAUCCACGCGACGGUCACCUCCAGACUGGAUUAUUGUAACUCGCUCUACGUGGGGCUGCCCUUGAGACUGACCCAGAAACUCCAGCGGGUGCAGAAUGCUGCAGCGAGACUCCUUACGGGGUCCUUGCUGCGAGAUCACAUUCACCCACUGCUAUACCAGCUGCACUGGCUCCCGGUGGAGUACAGGAUCAGGUUUAAGGUGCUGGUUUUAACCUUUAAAGCCCUAUACGGCCUAAGACCCUCGUACCUACGGGACCGCCUCUCCUGGUAUGCCCCACAGAGGACCUUACGGUCUUCAAACAAAAACAUCUUGGAGGUCCGGGGCCACAGGGAGGUUAGGCUGGCCUCAACCAGAGCCAGGGCUUUUUCGGCUGUGGCUCCGAUCUGGUGGAAUGCUCUGUCACAAGAGACUAGGGCCCUGCGGGACUUGACAUCUUUCCGCAGGGACUGCAAGACAGAGCUGUUCCACCAGGCCUUUGGUCAGGGCACAGCCUGACCCCCUCCUUUGGCAAUCCUCACAGAACUCUAGCCCAAUGGUUAGUAUCAUUUUACUGUUGUUAGCCGCUCUGAGCCCAGCUUCUGCUGGGGAGGGCAGGAUAUAAAUAAAAUUUUAUUAUUAUUAUUAUUGACAACACUGAUCUAGAUGGACAAAAGAUCUGACCUUGUGUGAGGCAGCUUCCUCUCAAGGCAGAUCUUGUACUGAUGUAGACGGCCUUCAGGUAACAUAGCCCCAAACCAUUUGAGACCUUAAAUAUCAAAACCAGCACUUUAAAUAUGGCCCGGAAUUGGUGUCACGUGCUCUCAUCACCUUGCACCCACUAGCAAUCAAACUCAACAGCUGACAUUUCCAAAUCAUCUUCAAAGGCAGCCCCAUGUACAGUGUAUCUACCUUGGAUGUGACCACCGCAUGGAUUACUGAGGCAAGGUCCAGUCCCUCUAGAUAGGGUCACAGGUGGCUUCCCUGUUUCCUCUGGAAAAAAGGCACUUCUGCUUCCAGAAAUAGUGCUGAGCCCAAGAGAAACCACAAACUUAGUCCUUCAGGGACGUCAAGGCCCAUCAAACAGCAGUUGUACCCCUGUGUCCGGAUCAGCUUGCUUCCCUAAGCAUAGCACCUGUAUAUUAUUUGGCCUGAGUUUCUGUUUAUUCACCCUUAUCCACCUCAGGACUGUCUCCAGACACCUAUUUAGGAUUUCCACAGCCUCCCUGAGAUUGACAGGUGGAAAAGAGAAGCGGAGCUUGGCAUCAUCUGCAAUUUGAGCUCAAGCUUUUGGGUGAUUUCUCCUAAUGGUUUGACUUAGAAGAUAAACAGAAUGGGGGACAGAAUAGAUCUUUAGGGCCUCCAGAAGCCAGAGUUAUAGGCUACAAGAGAAAUCCUCCAGUAUCAUUUUCUGGAACCAAACCUCCAGAAAGGACUGAGGCCGAUGUAGUACCAUUCCUCCCCUUUCCAAUCCAGCUGCACGACCCAGAAAAUACCGUGGUUAAUGGUACUGAAUGCCACUGAGAGGUCUAAGAAAAUGAAUCAUGUUGUGAUCUUGUCUGGUUCUCAUUGUAAGUCAUCCACCAGGACGACCAAAGCCGUUUCUGUCCCAUAUCUGGGCCUAAAACCUAGAAAUGUAUAGUGUCUCAUCUGUGCUGCUACUAUGAGUUGUUUAAUUGGUUGAUUGAACCUUUUGAGUGCUUUGAGUAUUUAAAAAAAAAAGCCAAGUUAUAAAAGCAAAUGAAAUCAUUUGUUCAAAUAUUUAUUGUGCAUUUCUGAAGUGUCAAAUGGAAACGAUAUCAAGAAAUAUUAAUAUGCAUACCUAUUGCUGUUGUUUAAGAUUUGUGUCUCUUUGCUUUGAAGGUCUUAAUACUUUUUAAGCUGAUUCUCCUAGAGAAAAAGGUAAGAUCUUUUCCUUCUCCCCAAGUUGGCAGAAAGAACUGAAAUAGACUUGCUUAAUGACGUAGUUUAAUGGAAUAUGGAUUAAAAGCCUCUGUGGAUAGAUGUUAUGAGCUAUCCCACGCAUGCAGUUAGCUAGUAUGGAGACGUGCCUGUUCUGUUUGCCUGCUUUUUAAUGUUUCAGUUCAGCAGUAGUUGCCAUGGCAAAGGUAAGCGAACUUUGCUAAAGUUGUGGUGUGGCUAUAUGGAUACAGAUAUGCAGAUGUACAGAGGCAGCAUAACACAAAAUGGCUGCCAAAUAUAAAAAAGCAGAAAAGGAAAGUACCCCAAAAUGGUACAGGCAUGUCUCCUUCCGCCCCACUGGGAAAAAGGCACCUACAUCAGCCAACACUGUGCUCACUCCCAGAGAGAAGCUGUCUGCACCUUUCCUUUGCUCAGACCAUGUCACAGCCUUGACAUGUAAUAAAAGACGGGCAGGCUUAUAAGAGUGUGUGUUUAGUGUAGUGGAAGCCAAGCCAAUGUAAACAGGAACUGGGCAGGAAGAGCAAAUGGUCUCUCAAGCAUUGUAGAUUUUUGAGAGGAUAUUUACUGAGAUCAUUUGCGGGAACCAUAGGAGGUUAGGGUACCCUUGGUUUAUAUUCAUCCAGUAGCCACAUAUGUUUAAAAAUGAAGGGUGGAAGGGAUUAAUUCAUGGGUAGGCAACUUAAGGCCUGGGGGCUGGAUACGGCCCAAUCGCCUUCUAAAUCCGGCCCAUGGACGGUCCGGGAAUCAGUGUGUUUUUACAUGAGUAGAAUGUGUGUUUUUAUUUAAAAUGCAUCUCUGAGUUAUUUGUGGGGCAUAGGAAUUCAUUCAUUCCCCCCCCCCAUAUAGUCCACGCCCCCUCAAGGGCUGAAAAAUUUGCUGACCCCUGGAUUAAAUUCUGCAGGCUAUUAUAGCUACAGCAAUAAUGAUUAUUAAUCUGAACUUUUUACAUGUCACAAAGCAUAAAAGCAAUAGUGCUCCAGAGCAUCAAGUCAUAUUUGCCCUUCCCAUUUUAAUGCACUGGAUCUGUGGGAUGUUUCCUUGAACCUAUGAGGAAGGAAGACCAAACACAGAGUAGCAUAUCCUCUGCUUCUAGGUUCAGUCUUCAGCUGGGGUACUGAGGGUUCUUCCAGGUGUAUAGCUGGAAUUAUCUGAGGACAUUACAAAUUUGCAGAAGAGGAGGGGGUAAGGUGUUCGUCAUGAAACAAAAGAGCGGGUGAACCUCUUUGAAGAAUAGGUCUUUUUUUAUUUUUAAUGAUAUUUAUUAAAAGUUUAACAAUUACAGAAAAAAACAAAAAAAAGAGAGAGAUUAAAAAGUUACAAUACAAUACAUCAAAAAGCAAUAAAAAACAAAAUAAAAAACAAUACAGCACAACGAUGAGGAAAAACAAAAACGAAAACAUUUAAAAACAAAAACAUUUAAAAAACACAUCCAGUAUUUCCAUAUCCUUAUCUUUCAUUUACUUGUUUCAUCGACCUCCUCACACCUCCCUUUUUUGUAUUCUAAUUCAAUUUAGCUGUUUCAACAAAUCUUUUCCAUCUUUCUCAAUUUUUGUUCUAUAAAUUACCUUAACCCGAUCUGACCUUAAAUUUUACCCUUUGACCCAUUAACAACCCAUUUUUACUUAAUUCUUAAUAACAUUUCUGCUAAAACCAUGUAACUUCAUUCCAGCAUCCUUCUAACAUUCAUUAAUUUUACUAUAUUUUUGUAAAUAUACUUUAAAUUUUUUCCAAUCUUCUUCCACCAACUCUUCUCCCUGGUCUCGAAUUCUGCCAGUCAUUUCCGCCAGUUCCAUGUAGUCCAUCAGCUUCAUCUGCCAUUCUUCCCUGGUGGGUAGAUCUUGUGUCUUCCAGUGCUUGAAGCACUGGAAGAAUAGGUCUUAACUAAGAGCAGGUCCAUGCUGACUCAGACUAUACACCAUGAGACCUGGCUCCAGAUGCAUUCAAGAACUAUUAACAGCACACAGUACUCUGUUGGCUCCUAGGCUCUGGAUAUAGAUGGUGUUGGGGCAUCCUUGAAUAAUUUAGCUAAACUGCAAUAUAGGAAAAAUUGUGUCUAAUGCUUUUAAAAAAUUGCUGCUUGUGAUUCCUGUUUCCAGUGCUGUAGAGUUCUGCAUGCUGUUCUUUAAACAUCUAAACCACUGAGCCUCUUGGGCUUGCCGAUCAAAAGGUUGGCAGUUCAAAUCCCCACAACGGGGUGAGCUACUGUUGCUUGGUCCCAGCUUCUGCCAGCUAGCAGUUCAAAAGCACACCAAAAAGUGCAUAUAGAUAAAUAGGUACUGCUCUGGCAGGAAGGUAAACGGCGUUUCCGUGCACUGCUCUGGUUUCGGUUUUCCGUUGCGCCGGAAGCGGCUUAGUCAUGCUGGCCACAUGACCUGGAAAAACUGUCUGCGGACAAAUGUUGGCUCCCUCGGCCAGUAAAGCGAGAUGAGCGCUGCAACCCCAUAGUCCUCGACUCGACUUAACUGUCAGGGGUCCUUUACCUUUUACCUUUUUAUGCCUCAGAAAGUCAUGUGCUGCUGUCAUUCUAGGUGUUAUGAACUGGAAUUGUUUGUUUUUCAUUCUUCCUCUAGAAAUUAACGUUUGUCAUUCCCACCCACCCCCUCCCUUUCAGGUUCUGUUUUAUAUCUCUCCAGUGAAUAGGCUGGUGGGAGCCCUAAUGACAGUCUUAUCACUCUUUCCUGGUAAGUGAGAGUAAAGUAUUUACAACAAUAGAAAGCAUGUUACACAGUUUCCCAUGUCACCUGAACCUAGAACUGUGAUUAGCUGUGGUUGGUUUACACAAGCCAUUUUUAGAAAUCACUGUUCGAAGUUGGAUUGUUUGAAACAAACCAUCGUUAAUGUUAACCACAGUUUGCUGGCCCAGACCACCUGAAAAAUCACAGUUAACCAGAACUAGUCCUCCCAGUCAUACAGUAAGAGGAGAGGAAGGGAAAUGUCAAGGUCGAAAGAAGGCUAUGUUUAUUCCAGUAUUGUUAAACCAUAGAUUAGAAUGACAUUCGGAUGCAGCUUGUCUCAUGAAAGAUCACUAGUAUGGUAUAUUUUAGCAAGUAUAAGGAACUGUGCCUCAAGCUAUAAAUAUACUGUGCAUGAUAAUCUAAGAUCAUUCUUAGAAUUAUAGAAUUGGAAGGUACCCCCAGAGACAUCUAGUCCAACCCCCUGCCAUGCAGGAAUCUCAACUAAAGCAUCUUUGCUCAGGAAAAAGGGAGCCUUCAGAUACAGAGCUGUAAGGUAGCUUUCAAAGUAUGCAAUGUGUUUUGCAUUAUGAUAAACUCACUUUUCAUGAUGCUGUUAUCCAAGAGAUUUUUAUAAUUUCCAGGUAUGAUAGAGCAUGGUCUCACUGACUGUUCACAGUACCGGCCGAGGAAGAGUGUUUCAGAGGAUGUCGGCCAACAGGAAGUCCCACCUCCUACAGAUUAUUAUGUUUCCUUGUCCACUGUGGCGCUUUCAAACGAAAACGUGGAAACAGAUGCAGAAGGCCCAACGUUGUCCGGAAACCAAGAACGGGACACUGAGAAAGUAGAUGUACCUUUAUUUCAGACCGAGGACAAUCUCAACGGAGCACACGUCUCCAGGGACAAUGGGCAGCAUUUGAAACCUCCCUCACGCACUUCUCCAGAAUCAUCUGAAAGUGACUGGGAAACCCUGGAUCCUAACAUCCUGGAGGACCCCAGCUUGAAAGAAGGAGAAGGUGAAAUCACUGCAGUAGCAGCACAGACUGAAAUCCUUCCAAAGGAACCUGCAGUUUCUGAAAGCAUUCCCAUUACUGUGCAGCCUCAACCUAACACAGGGCACGCCGUCUUUGUUCCUGGCCUUAUAUCAGGUUUGGAAGAGGACCAGUAUGGCAUGCCGUUAGCUGUUUUCACUAAGGUAACCUGGCAUGUUCUGGCUUCUGGAAACUUUCCGCGUUGCUUUUUAUCUUCUUUCAAAGUUGUAUUUUUAUCCUUUCAUUGGGUAAGCUGUCCUGGAGCAAGUGCUACUCAUAAAGGUGGACUGUGAAUAUUUUUAAAAACAAAUAAGUACAGUGGUGCCUCGCAAGAUGAAAUUAAUCCGUUCCGCGAGUGUCUUCGUCUAGCGGUUUUUUCGUCUUGCGAAGCAACCCUAUUAGCGGCUUAACGGAUUAGCGCUAUUAGCGGUUUAGCGGCUAUUAAAGGCUUAAAGGCUUAGCGGAUUAGCUGCUAAAAGGCUAUUAAAGGCUUAGCGGCUUAGAUAAAGGGGGGGGGAAGCGGAAAAAAAUCUCAAGACUCGCAAGACAUUUUCGUCUUGCGAAGCAAGCCCAUAGGGAAAUUCGUCCUGCGAAGCAACUCAAAAACGGAAAACCCUUUCGUCUAGCGGGUUUUCCGUCUUGCGAGGCAUUCGUCUUGCGGGGCACCACUGUAAUUCCUUUAGUAAAUCAGUCAACAAAACAUUGUGGCCUCUCUUUUGAAAAGGUGAGGACCCGUUUUCUACAAGGUCUCCUUUUUUGGAUGGUGAAUGUCAUGGGGUCAUAACAAACCUUGCACAGUUUAAAUCUGCCACAGUUGUAGAGAGGUGAAUGAGGUAUCCGAUCAAAGCUCCACAAUUAGAGGAGGGGGGAAAUACAAUAAUGUGACAGGGGGGAAAAGCACAGCACAAGUCUUCCAGCUCUCCCUGUCCUGGUAAUACAAGCUGGGCAGCUGUGCUGACAGGGUCAGUGGUGUUAACCUUUUGGGAAACUGCAAGGAUAUCUUAAUACCCAAAGGGAGUGGGACAAAAAACCAAAACAGACAGAACACCCCAGAAUCUUUGUGCCAUCACCAGGAACUGGGGUGUACUCAUUCAUGGCAAGGCCCUGCUAGGAUGGAAGUAAUAAACACUUUCUCUGAUCUGGCCAGGGUCAUAGGUCAUUGGUGGAGAACCGCUUUGCAUGCAGAAGGUCCCAGGUUCAGUCCACAACAUCUCCAGGAAAGACUAGGAGUUUUCCCUGUCUGGAACCCAGAAGAGCCAUUGCUGGUCAGUGUAGAGACCAUAAUGAGCUAGAUGAGCUGUUGGUCGGACUUGGUAUAAGGCAGCUUCCUAUUCAGCUCAGAAUAGGCCCACCAAAGUUAAUGCACAUGGCUUAGUUUCAGUAAAGUUAAUGUGUCUACUCUGAACAAGACUUGGUUGAAUAUUGCCCUGUGUCCCUAUUCCAUACGAAGAGUCUCAAAAGAGCAGCACUGACUUGGUGAGUCUGGGACCUAGCCUAGCUUUGCGUUUCCAGCACUUGCCAUGUAUGAAACACUCGUUAAAUUCUCACUACUAAGGGAUUAUCUAUCCAGUAGUGUAAAACAGUGGUUUUAUUGUCACAUGAAUUGUGGACCUCAGAUCUUCAGCAGUCAUCGGCUUCAUGCAUUUUAACUGCAUGUUUGCCGAUUUUAUGUCUGUAACUUGAGACAUCCAAGCAAGAAUCCUAAAGCCCAUGACCCACUUGCAGGUCACAACCCACAGAUUGGGAAAUGCUUGUCUAAAAGAGACCUACAGAAUAUCUGGGUUCCAUUGACUACUAUGGCUGACAGAUACAGUGGUACCUCAGGUUACAUACGCUUCAGGUUACAGACGCUUCAGGUUACAGACUCUGCUAACCCAAAAAUAUUACCUCGGGUUAAGAACUUUGCUUCAGGAUGAGAACAGAAAUCGUGCGGCGGCAGCGGGAGGCCCCAUUAGUGGUGUCUCAGGUUAAGAACAGUUUCAGGUUAAGAACGGACCUCCGGAACGAAUUAAGUACGUAACCAGAGGUGCCACUGUACUGUAUAAAUAAAUCUAUCAUGAACAACUUCAGUGCUGGUGGCUCCUGUAAGUAAGAUAAUGUCAGGAGCAUGUUGAUACCUUAGGCCAGAGGUAGCCAAGGUGGGGGUCUCCAGAUGAACUCCAACUCUCCUAAGCCCCUGCCAGCAAGGCCAAUGGUCAAGGGUGAUAUGGGAGCUUUGGACCGAAACAUUGGAAGGGCACCAUGCAAAGCGGUCUGAAGAGCUAAACAACAUUACAGAUGUUAUAGUAUGGGAAUUCUUGUCUCUCAUGCCCAGAUUGUAUUAGGCAGCGCCCCAGUUCAUGUUUGUUUCCUUUCCCCUCUAUGUGUCUUUAGUCUUUCAAGUCAACAGCACAGUUUUUAUAACAGCUGGAAGUGGGCUAGAGUUACUGAUUCUAUUUAUAAGUUAAAAUUAUUAUGCUUUCAAUAGCAUCAGUUAAAAUUAGGGUAUAAUCUACAUAAAAGUGUUUUGUUCAAAGACUUCUUAAAAAUAGUAAACUUUCCUGGAAAAUACUGGCGUAAUUGAUGGCAGACACACGCAAACUAUAGCCAUGUGCUCUGUAAUCUUAAUUUUGUGAAACUCUAGCUGGAAAACCUGAUAUCAGCUUCUUUUAGAAUGAGUUUACUUACUCAGUUUUUAUAGGAUACUGUUGUAUCAUAAGCUUGACUUCCUGUACUUCUUCCAUGGUUACUCAUUUAAAAACAGUUCCCCUUCCUCCACCAAAAAUUUUCCAUGUUAAACUCACAGUGUUACUGCAAUAUUACUUGGGGGGGGGUAUUUCUAAAAGUGAGUAGUCACAAAGCAAGAGUGUUCUAGUGGUGACAGUUUCCUAUAAAAUUUAAUAAUGAAACGAUCAACUUUUUGCAGUAUGCCUUACUCAUAUACAACUUCCCAGCAUAGUACAUUCUGUCCUUAUGUUCUUUGCUGAGACUCCGAAGGUCACAGUAAUUGGGCUUGCAGUCAGAUCAAUCUGUUCUCAUUGCCCUUUAUCUGACAACUAUAAAAUGCAGGCACCAUCAACUGGACGCAUUUAAAGCAAGGAACCACAAGACAUUGGUUUGGCGUUACUACAAAAAAGCCUUGCAUUUCUAUGUUCCCUCCCUCCCACACUUCUCCUUUCAUAUUCACUUCCAAUUUAACCCACAGCAAAGGCUUCAAGCUACAGUUUGUCUGCUUUAGAUUUAAUUCAUAUUUGCUCCCAUGUAUGUCUGGGAGGAGGCAGUGUCUGAGCACAGGGUGUGUUCAUACAGUUUGCUGAAUCUGUAUUCUGCCUUGAUUUCCUGCUAAUUUAUUGACAGUAAUAGUUUAACUCAACAGAGCAAUAUUCCACGGAGGUGUAAUUGUUAACUGAUGAGGAAGUAACAGUUCAAGUUGCAAUUACAAUCUUCAUUAUGUUUUCCUUGUUCAUUAGAACAUCACAGCAUUUUGAAGUAUCAGCUCCUGCUCUUCAACCUUUUUCUGUCUCACAUUGAUCUCCUUCCUCCCUUUUCUCUGUUUCAGGGAUACCUUUGCUUGCCGUACAUGGCGCUGCAACAACACCAUCUCCUGUCUGAUAUAACCAUUCGUGGGUUUGUUGCAGGAGCCACCAACAUCCUUUUCCGUCAGCAAAAGCAUCUAAGUGAUGCUAUUGUAGAGGUAUGAAUCAUUUUCUUUUAUAUCAUAGGCAGGUCACUGAAUUGCAACUUUUUUUUUUAAAAAAAAGGAGGUUUUUUUAGUAAAAUGUGCCAUAAAAAUAAGGAUAAAGCCGGCAAAGGGUUAUACUUCCUAACAAAUACAAUUGCUUAACUACUGAGUAUAUUCUACCCAACAGGAAGAUUCUUCCUAUCCCAAGUCCUAUUUCGUCUCUUUAUGGUAGGAGGGAAGCAGAUCGUAAACAUAAUUUCCAGGACCGCAUUUGGGCACACUUCAAAUACCCAGAGUAAAACUAAUGGUUCUUUCCACUCAUACAGAACUGUUCCAGAAAAGACUGCCUUGAUGUCCAGUCUACAGACUGCAGCUCCCACAUGGUAGUUGCUUGAAACAAUCUUCCACAGAUUUUCCUUGUAACCACAUAGUGACCUGCCCCGUGGAGUGGCAACAUUGCUUGGAGAACUUCCCUUCUAUCUCCAGCAAUCCAGUUGUAGAGUUGAAAUAGACCCAGAGAGAGACUGUUCAGCCCUGCCUCCCCAGAACAGGACCCAUACCCCAAAUUCACUCUGUGGUCUGUUCUACACCUCAGUUUAUCACAAGGAAAAAGAAGCUGAUUGCUUGUUGUAGGAACUAAAGAUGGUUGAUCGGUGAUUGAGUUAGUUAUAAGAGUAGUGGACUCGUAAUCUGGUGAACCGGGUUCGCUUCCCCCGCUCCUCCACAUGCAGCUGCUGGGUGACCUUGGGCUACUCACACUUCUCUAAAGUCUCUCAGCCCCACUCACCUCACAGAGUUUGUUGUGUGGGAGGAAGGGAAAGGAGAUUGUUAGCCGCUUUGAGACUCCUUAGGGUAGUGAUAAAGUGGGAUAUCAAAUCCAAACUCCUCUGUUGCCACCUGCAACUCUGCAGUCAGACUGAGUUUCAUCCCCAAACACUGCAGCACUGCACAUCAGUUGUGGCUUGUGGUUCAACAGAAGUGAGUAGCUCCUCUUAAGAGCUCAGCUCAGGUUGUUUAGUUUUUCCUCUGCACUGCUGUUUCAUGUUGGGUUUUUCUCAACAGAUUGAGGAAGCUCUGGUUCAAGUCCAUGAUCCAGAGCUCAGGAAGGUUCUGAAUCCCACAACAGCUGACUUGAGAUUUGCAGACUUCCUGGUAAAGCACGUAACUGAGAACCGGGAUGACGUCUUCCUAGACGGCACUGGCUGGGAAGGAGGAGAUGAGUGGAUCCGAGCCCAGUUUGGCUCAUAUCUCCAUGCGCUGCUUGCUGCUACUCUGCAGCCAGGUAAACCCUGGUGCCAUUGCUUCCAUUUUUUAUUUUUUUAAAAAUCCUCUAAGAUUAUACUUAGCAGCUGUAACUAGGAAGAGUAAAAGGAAAGGACAAAGAAAUAUAGGGAUCUGGGUCUGACCUAGUUAGUAACCAUAUGGAAGCUCUGAUGCUGUAUUUAAAAAAGGGAUUGCUUCUCACAGGCCCAUGCAGAGGUUGUCUGAGGCCCGAGAGAGAGUCUUGUCCAUGAGACUUGCUGCCGCCUAAUCUCAGUGGCGGGUCUUGGGGUCUCAGAUAUUAGCAGCACCCUGUGCAAUGCCAGAAUUUGCUGCCCCCUCUCCUCUCUCCUUCCAUUCUACAUCAUAGUUGCAGCGCCCCUGGGGCUCCUCAGUGCAACCAAGCCGGUUGCACGGCCCUAAAUCUGCCUCUUAAUCUGAUCUGAUGUUACAUGCUAGCACACAGUAACGCAGAUCCAGGUUUUACUAUCAAAGCGCUUGGCUCUGUCUAAAGGACUGUGUGAUGAUUUGGAGUGUUUUAUAUCAGAUGCAUGGGAAGAAAUGGUCCCACCUCUCCAAAUCCAGUUAAAAUCCAGAUUAGUUCCUUCUUAAAAUUCUGUCUCUUUUCAAGCUGUUUUUUAUAUCUUAAUUGCAUAAUCUGCUUAGUUUUAAUUAAUUUCACUAAUUAAACCUUUUAUUUCCAGUUGUUUAUUUGCUUCCUGGCAGUUGCAGCUGCCACUCCGCACUGAGUGGGGAAGGAUAGAUUUGCCUGUUUGCCAUCUGGUCCCAAGUCCACACUCCUGUUCUUGACUGCUAGCCCAGGUGCAUGUUUAUAUAUGAGGGUGGAGUCUUUCUUCUGUCUGCUGACGCUAUGCCAUUGAAAAACAGCUGUGGAGGAGCUGUCUUUCAGUGACUUGGUAUGUCAUAGACCAGGGAUGGCCAAACUUGGCCCGCCUGCUGUUUUGGGACUACAACUCCCAUCAUCCCUAGCUAGCAGGACCAGUGGUCAGGGAUGAUGGGAAUUGUAGUCCCAAAACAGCUGGAGGACCAAAUUUGGCCAUCACUGUCAUAGACGUAAUCAGGGAUGACACCAGCCCUUCCACACCUGUAUUUACAGUGAUACACAACACAUCAAGGGGGAAAAUUAGAUUUUUGGGCUUUCAAACGUGGAAAUCCAGUGUGUAAGCCAGCACCAUCCCCUUUCUAUUUGUUGCUGUGUUGUAUUGACAGUAUUACUGUGCAGAAGGUGCACACUGCCUUAAAAAAAAUUAAAAUGUGCUUGCUUCUUUGCAUGCAAACGGAUAUCAUGCGAAGUACUGAAACUGCUUAAGUUUCUCUUACCUAUUUUAUUCAUCAGACAGUGAAAAAAUAUUAUCAGACUUUGGAACAACUUUUGUAGCGGCUUGGAAGAAUACACACAAUUACAGAGUGUGGAACAGCAAUAAACACCCAGCUCUCGCAGAGGUAAAUCCCAGGUAAGAAAUUUUAGCUUUAAUGUUUGUAUGGAAGAAGUAGAGAGAGGAGUGCUUGAGCAUCUGUGACUUCCUAGGUCUGCCAUUUAAUUUCCAGGAAGCACAAGCAAGAAUUCUCCGUUUGCUAGUAGUACCAGGCUUCAAAAUUACAAACUUCUAGUUCUGGAACUCACUUUCCCCACAUAUCUUUCUCCUUGCUUGUGCUUCAGAUGUUGCAUGUUCUGCAUUUAGCUUGCCUUGAACGCUGUUCUUUAGGUAAACAAAAAUAUGGUACUCUCUGCCUGCUUGCCUGGUGUAAGGUGGCCAAAAUUUGUCCUGUUUCUGCAGAUCAGAACACAACACAAUUCAAGCAAUUAGUGCUUCCAAGCCCCUAAGAGCAGGAUGUAUCUGUGCUCUUGAUGUUGCUUUGACCAUUUUAUCUGAAUGUAAUUCCAACUGAACUCCAGAGGCUUUUAGCCAAAAAUUUAAUUUCUUCCAUAUCGCUGCACUGUCACACCAACAAGUACUGAUUGUGGCCACUGUCCCAAAGAGUCAGAAGUAGGAGAGAAGACUGGAAGACAUUGGAAGUGACUGUGGUGUAACUGAACAGCCACUUUAAAAUGGAAGGCAUUUCAGAGGAGCAGCAGAUUGUAACCCAGGGAAGAAAUUCAGAGAUGGAUCAGUGCCAAAUGUUUUGUCCACUGUACAGUCAUGGGGGCCUCUGAGAUCUCCCCCUCUCCCCAGUGCAAACUGAUCAGACCAGGAGUUAAGAAAUGGUAAUGUUUUCAGUCUAGUUAGAAAGGAAUGGCUUAUGUUUUCUGUUUUUAUUGUUACAACACACAAAACAUUUUAAAUUUGUGUUCUGUUUUUCUCUUCUCUUUUCUUCCACCUCCUUACAAAACCCUUUUCAGUCACCCAUUCCAAGGCCAAUACUCGGUUUCAGAUGUGAAAUUAAGAUUGUCACAGUAAGUACUAUAACUGAAUACGCUUUUGAAGGCUAGGAUUUUUGUAAAUUGGCGAGCAUAGUUUCAUGUUAAACUGGGGUUUGGUAUUCUGGCAGGCGAUGACUGUUGAAAUGUUCACAGUAAUUGUCAGAUUGACUCUGUGGCCCAGUUUACACAUAACACUAAACCAUGGUUUUAAAAUAACGUGAACAAGCAGCGUGCUGCUGCACAUUGCUCCAAAGUCCCCACUUCACUCAUCCCCCAUGCCUGCCUGUGCCACAUUUGUGCGAACACAGUACAGAUUUUGUGUUCUGCGCAAAGCAGCAGUUGAUGGAAUAGUUUGUUGACCAUAAUAAAUUACAUUUAUUUUAAUUGGGUCUGUAAUCUUAUGGCCCAGGACAAACCAACCAGAUCCAGAUGAAUGCAUUUUCCAAUAUUUUUUUUAUUUUUUUUAUUUUUACAUUCUGUUGACCAUUCUGCUGUAGAAAGAAUUCUGUGUUUCCAGAUUGGUGGUGAUAGGUCCCAGUUAGAACAUCAGUAUAUAGUUUGGUCAUAUGUGUAACCAUCAGAUUUAAAUGCUUUAUAAAACACAGCGGAGAACCUAUCUGGGCCUGGGGUUUGCCUACCUUUAAAAAAAAAAAUUUAAUCUCUUCUUCUAUAAUCAGCUCUUCCAUAAGUUUUGCCUCUGCAUUCCCCAAAGUUGGUGUUGUUAUUGUGUCCAGAAAUUUUUGUAUCUCUUCUGAGUGGAGUGGACUUAGAAGAGUAUAGAGAUGAGGAAAACUCCUUAAAUCUUCACAAAAUUAUAGUAGAAAAUAAUUUCCCCCGUUUUGGUCUUUGUUCCUGUUAAAGUUGUUUUAUUCCACCCCCCCACCCCCCAUUUGCUAGUUUAGGUCUCUUCCCUCCAAAUUCAUAAAACUUUUGCUUUAAAUAUAGUAGUUUUAUCAUUGCUUUCUAUAUUUCUAUGGUUCCUAAUUCUUUCCAUUUUUAAAGUGCCCUUUUUGGUAGCUGAGUUGAGUUUUACAACUAUGGUUUAACAGUAUGUGCAAACUAGAUCUACAUCCAUGCUUACAAUAUUAUAAAGAACCUUUAUUAUUGUUUGAGAGUUAGUGACCACAGGGCUUAAUACCUGCCAUUUAAAUCUAGUAGCUUGGCCUGAUAAAAGUAUCUGCCUACUAGGUACUUUUUCUUUCUUUAUUGCCAACUCCUUUGUUUAGUUUCAUGAUCAGUUUACAUGCUUGGAAACAGUGAAAGUCAGUUGUAUGAUGCUAUGACAUUUUCCUCUCGUUUAGCUCUGUACAGAAUAGUGAACGGGGCAAGAAGAUUGGAAAUGCCAUGGUUACAACGAGCCGGAAUGUUGUACAGACAGGAAGAGCCGUAGGUAAGAUGCUUCAUAACUGGAAAUCAGUAUGCGCUGUGACACUUAUAUGCUACAAACAGAAACCUUAACUUCCACAGCCUGUUUCAAGAAUCUUGUUGGUGGUAUAUAUCUCUACCAACAGCACGCAUUGUUGCUACCUUCCGUAAAUGAAGGGAUAGCUGGAAACUAGCUGAAGCACUACGUAUGGAGAAGUGAAACAGGAAACUUCAUGCACAACACUCGUAGGACGUGUCUUUUGGGGAGGUGAAACUUUAUCACAUAUUUCUUCAGUAAGGGGUCUUAAAAAUAUGCUUUUGGGUGUGAGGAAUUCAAAUCUUUCUAUUUUUGUGAUUGGACAACAUCUAGCUUGGUAAAAACCACAUAAACCAAAGAAUUUUAAUUUUACCUUCUGAAAAUGUCAGGUAAUGCUAAAUAAUAAGAAGUAAUACAGUGGUACCUCGGGUUAAGUACUUAAUUCGUUCCGGAGGUCCGUUCUUAAUCUGAAACUGUUCUUAACGUGAAGCACCACUUUAGCUAAUGGGGCCUCCUGCUGCUGCCGUGCCGCCGGAGCAUGAUUUCUGUUCUCAUCCUGAAGCAAAGUUCUUAACCUGAAGCACUAUUUCUGGGUUAGCAGAGUCUGUAACCUGAAGCGUAUGUAACCCGAGGUACCACUGUAUAUAAUAUAAAUGCAAGUACUUGGCAAUCAUUUUCCAUGAUUUCUAUACCAUUUUGCACACACCUAACUUACCAAGCAGAACGAAAUUAUAUUAACUUAAACAAAAUAUAUUUGGGAUUCCCAAGUCAUGUUACAUCUUUUUAGCACCCCUCAUUUUUGGAAUUUGAAAGCUGUAAGAUUCCACAUGCCUCUCAUCUCAGUCAUCAAGUUUACUACUGAAAUGAGGCGAGCCCCUCAGCCUUGCAUACUCCUCAGCCCACUUUCCCCAAACCACCAAUUCCAGAGAUAGCUAUGAGUGUUGCAUACUUACACAGACCUAUGGAGUGUUCAUCCCAAGCUUCGCCAGUCUGAACCAGCUUUAAAAAUGUUGUUUAGAAUGCCAAAAUAAGAGGCUGUCUGUUUGAGAAUUCUAUUUACACAUAGAUAUAAGUGCCCUUGCACUACAAUCCCAUAUAUACUUUUCAAGUCCUAUUAAACUUAAUGGGAAUUACUUCUAAGUAAGCAUCGUGCUAUUAAUUGCUCUCAUCUUAGCCUUACCUUUGCCUAACCUUCCCCUCUUUUUACUAUAAAAUCCAGGUCAGUCAGUUGGAGGAGCUCUCACGAGUGCAAAAUCAGCCAUGUCCUCGUGGCUUUCUACUUUCACCCAGUCAACACAAAGCCUUGGGGAGUAACUGUUCUGCAGUGGACCAAGCCCUUACAUUCAUUUUGAGAAAGAGACCUGUGGUUUUGCUUUAAAAAACACACCCAUGAAUUCAAGCAUGAGGAUGGAAGGAAUGGCCUUUAAAGCUGCAUCGCAGGAUGUCAUUGCAGUUUGCAUUAAUGCCUCUUUUAAAAAAUCUGAGCCUUUGUAACAACAGUAGCAUACAAGCCUUGUUGUAAGACGGGCUUUAUUUUUCAGUGUGUGCUGUUCUUUGGAUGUUGAUAAUGAUUUAUGUAAAUUUUGUUGUAUUAACUCCAGCUGUCUAGACUUUUUCUUGAAAAAAAGAAAGAGCGGGGCUGUCUAGGUUUGGAACAGAAAGCUGACCUCUCACUUCCACCCUCCCAUACCAAAUGCAGAAGUAAGAUCUUUUCAUUUCAGUGGAACCAACUUGUGCAAAGGAUUGCAGCCUAAUGUUGCAACCUUUUGCACCUGUGGGUGGAACGAAGUGAAACAAAUACAGAUUAAAUGAGACGUUCACACCCAGUUUAACACUUAAAACGCCUAAAUGACAUGUUGGCAGUUUUGCACCAGCUCAUUUCAACUUUCAGAAUUCUAGCUGCUAGCACUUGGGUUUUUAAGAAGUUUGUUUUUAAAGGUCAUGGAUAAAAUGGAAGAUAGUUCUAAUACUGACUAAAAUACACAGGUUUACCAUAUUUUUGUUACCUCUUUGGAAUUAACACCCAAGAUACCUCUUAGCAGAAAAACAACUCUUGCAGCUCUUGCUCAGUAACUGCAAUUUCCUCGUUUUCAAGUUGUGUGUGUGAAUUUAGCUUUCAUCUUUCAUGUUCCCAUUUGCUUGUGUUGCAUCCAACAGUGGCUGUUCGAAAACUUUCACUAGUGAAUACCUAUAACCAAAUACCUACCUCUCUGGCACAGUUAAGACUCCAAAUGCAAGAGUCGGAAGUGCUUUUCCCCUUUCCUAGCUGCUUUUAGGGUUUUCUAAUUUAAUGUGUAGGUUAGCAGACAUUUGAGAAAUGACUGUAACGAGAUACUACUGGGCUUUCUGCCAGCGAUAGUUUUAUGGAUUGCAAUAUAGGAAGCCGUGAGAUUGCCUUGGACUUUAAGUAAUUCAUCUUAGUGUAGGACAUUACAAUAUGAAUGAUUUACCAAAACAAAGAAUUCCAGGGCUUCCCUUAGUUCAUAUUUUUGCUUACAACUGCCAAUUCAAGUCUCCUCCCCUUUCCUUCUUGGUUUUCUUUUCCAAACUGCAAUGAUUUAAAUGGAUCUGGCGUAUAAAGUGUUAAUUCAGGUGUACUAUAGCUGGACUGCUUUACUUCAUAUCCUUUUUAGGGGACGGAAUAUUUAUUAAUGAUGUAACAUUCUGCACCAAAGUUGUCACAGCAUACCCCAACCAGAAUUCCUGUAUUCUGGCCACAUCUCAAAAAACCCAGUUUUCAGAGAUGGCUAUGGUUGCACUUCAAGAAAGAUUUUCAUAUAAGCAGUUUGGGUUACUUCACCCAACUUUCCUGUAGAUUAAUUUCCCGAGAGAAGCAUGUAUACCACUGUGUGCAGCUGUUUUCACACCUGUUCCACAUACGCAUUAUGAAAAUUAAUGACCAAUUGUGGACUGCAACCAGUACACAGGUGCAAUUUUCACACACCUGUGUAUUUUUCAUAGGUGCUGUACAAGGGAGGUUGUUAUGAAGUGGCAGGUGCCCUGCUAUAAUCCAUGUAUAUAGUACUGUUUGCAAGACACAUCAUAUGCUUUCAAGCUUACUCAGAUAUCUGAAAUAAUAUAGCCAGCAUAAAAAACCCUUGUAUGUUUUCUUCUACACUACUUUGCUCGAAUGAAUGAGCCCAUAAAUUAGAGUUAUAGUUUUCUAACCACAGAAGUUGACUGUGCUCCUAAAGAAAACAUUUUACAAGGAUGCUGUGGCUUGGAGAUGUUACCCUUUUAUUGAAACUACAGAACUAGGCAUGCCAUGACAGUCAUUACACUGCAGGCAAGCUGACACAGCUUGUAAACAGACUUUUCUUUCUUGGGAGUUCCUUGGUUGGAAUUGUUACAUCCAGUUGUUGGUUUUCAUCCUUCCCUAAAGGGAGCACAAAUUAGGAGGCAUCUGACUAACACCUUUUGCCAAUUAAUCCACAGGCACCAUAACGAGGGAUCAGCAAAAUCCUUAGGGACAAGAUGGUAUGAAAAGCUGGUGAUUCUUUUAAAAUGUCUUCUCUUCUUUGGCGAGCGCUCGUAGUACAUGACAAUACGCUGUAUAAGUGUUUAUAGUAGCCAUCAUCUUGGAGUGACCAAUUUAUAAUUUUGCUACAGGGAAAAAUUUGGCAGUAGUUAAUUGUACAAGUCAAAUGCAGGAAUAAACUGUAAAACCUAUUGAAAAUGAUUACUGUGUGUACUGCAGUAGUUACAAUCACAUAAUCUGGAUUUAGCAGGUAGUCGUAAUAUACACUGAAAAAACCGGCAUAAGCACAUAGUGUAUUACAAAUGUGUGGGGUCACAUACAUAUCUUUGCAAAAGGGUAUUGAAAGACUAGAUUAGAUGGAGGUCUGUAAGGGAAAAUAAUUCAAAUUUAAUAUGAAUAGCAUUUGUUUUCUAGCCACUGAUUUCAGUUUUGAGGUUUGAGUUUAAUUUAUUGUGGAAAACGUAAAAAGCAGUGCUGCUUGUAUUAUUGAAAUAUCACAUGUAGCGCAUUGAAGCAUUCUUGCUUGAAGCACUUCACAUCAAGAAAGCACCAGCUAAAAUGCAAACACUGUCAUUUACUCUAGUAUUGUAGUGACAAUUCUAGUGACUUAAGCCUUGCUGUUCCUGUAAUGCAGAGGUAGUCAAUGUGGUACCCUCCAGAUGUUGGAUUCACACAGUAUCAGCCAGCAUGGCUAGUAGGAAUGGUUAUGAGCUCAGUAUCAUCUAGGGCACACUCAGUGGCUACCCCUAUUUUCAGUUACGUUCUUUAAGGGCUGGUUAGUACCGCAGGCAAAUUCUGCCCGUAAUAGGGCACAUGAGGUUGAUGUGACCUAAAGCCAAAUUAAGAACAUGAAGUGCUUCAAAUUCAAAUAAUACAUGUGCUGUUCUAUAGAAAAUGGCAAGAGGAUGUUAAAGUAAAAUUUAAAAAAUACCCUUCCAAAUGUAAAAGCAUUGCCCAGCCCAAAGGAACACCUCCACCCCGAGUUAUAUCUAACAGUAUGAUCUUAAUACUUGCUCCACAAGCAAGUAAAUGUUCAGGAUGCAACACCUUGACUGGUGCCAACAUACUGCAUAGUACAGUGCUUUAUGGCUGCUGAAAGAGUAUUAUGCUGGUGUUUGAACAUUUUGUCCCACACAAGUGUUUAGAAUCAGGCUGCUAACUUGGUAUUUUGUAAGGCUGUUUUAUGUGCUGGUGCUCCCUAUUACAAACGUAUAUAUUUGCAUCAUGCACAGUAGAGAAACUGAUUUUUAUAUUUUUUUAAAUGUUACAAGUAUUUGGAAAUGUGUAUCAUAUUACAGUAUGAAAUAGACUAGAAAUACCUCUAUUCCAGUUUCUAUACCACUUAACAAAUUAAUAUCAAUCAUUCAAGGCUGGUUUUGAGACAUAAACCUGAAAUCAGUUAUCUAAUCAUGGUUUAAGUGAAAUGACACCUAAGUUUAUUUCCAUAUGGUUUUUACUGCUACCAGCCUGUUGGAAGAGGAGGGUUGGUAAAUAUUAGGUAUUUCAUCCAUCAUCAAUGUGUAAAAAAUAGGUUACUAUGUUCAAAAGACUAUUAAUGCUUCUGCUGUAUAUUUUGUUCUAAGGAAAAUAAAGAUUGUUCUUGUUUUGCUUGAAUGUAA